AUGUCAGAUUCGUUUACAACACAAUCUUUCGGGUCUCCUAGAGAUUACGCCGAACAGCUUUUGAACCUACUCAGCAAGACAACUGAUAAGACUGCUCUUGUAACGCUUCAUCGCACCUUGUCGACGGCCGAAAACAGCGUUUUCGAGGAUUGUUUGAUCGCCAGACCCGAGAGAUGGGCUUUUGUUUUUACGGCUGUGGAAAAGCUGCCCAAGGAUGAGGAGGUGAUAAAGGCUGCGGAUUUCAUUGUGAGAAAAGGUGCGUCAAUCUUGACAAGCAAAGCCGAGCAAAAUGGGAGCUUGAAACACUUUUGUGCUGCUGUGAACUCUAAUUUUAUAAUUAACACCGUGUUGACGCAGUUUAUGUGGCCUCACUGUGACGCACAACUCGAAAUUGAAGUUAUAUCAACAGUGGGCUCAUUUUUGGAAUGCCUUUUACUCUUGGACCAGUACGAGCCCCAGUUGACAAGUGCCAUGUUAUGUGACACAUGUCUGGCUUUGAGGACCGGCGGUUUUUUUACCCUUCUUACUGCCGUUUUAGAAACUGGACCUCAACAUGAUAACAAAGUCGAGCAUAUGGCGCACAGAACCGCCUUAAAACUCGUAGAAGUGGACCAGGAAAUGUAUGGUCGUGGAAUCGAUAAGCUACCUAGCCACUUGAUGAGAAAGAUGCUUGAUUUAUUGAGCAAACAGUUUAAGGUUAAUGAGUGGGAUAAUGAAAACAGUUUUCCUUCUGUGGACGAGGGAGGCAAGCAAAUUUCCGAGCUUUCCUUGUUAAACGCAAUAGACCUAAUUACCUUUGCGACGGAUAGCAAUCUAUCUUUUAGGAAGAAAUUCCUGGAGCGCCUUCUUUUUGAGGAUGAUGCAUUCCCCAUUGUUAAAGCAUUAUCGUGGCUGUCAGACCAACUAACUCACUGUUUUAGCAGCAGUUUUCGUGCUGAAGAACCAACGGUUUUCAUUCUGCAAUGCUUUUUGAAUAAGGAUAUUCUCAUAUUUAGCCUCGUGGACAAGCUCAUGGAGCUCUGGAUCGAAUCUAAUGCACAGAGUUUCGAUGACCUCAGGUCAGUUCUUGAAACUUUUAAGGUUGCCUUUUUUCAAAGGGACUCGUUUCUCGGCGCUAAAGAACCAGACGUUGGGGCGUGCCUGGUAAACAUUCGUUCGCUGACGUAUGAAGACCUUAGAAAAUUGCAAUUGAAGCAAAUAAGAGCUUCACACUACAAGAAAUGGGAAAAACAAAUUUCUCAGUUCGAUUCUAUGCUUUCCAAUCAGGUUCUCGAAUACGUCCGUCACCAGCGCCUUUUACAGCUGCAGAAGGGAGCUUGGGUCUACAGCGAGAAUCCACUUGAUAACAAUGUUAAACAGCCAAAGGUCUAUUUUUUGGUUUUAUGCGAUAACCAAAUGAACCUUUUGGCUAGAGAAUUCAGGAUCCGAAGCGAAGAGAAUCCCUCAGUCCAAGGAAAUGAAAUAAUAAGCUCCAGCGACACCCCUGCAUCAAAAUCCAAGACUAUUGUCAUUCCUCUGCGGCGUAUUAACAAAUUCCAGCACUGGAGAGUUCAGUCAGAAAACAAAGUGCCAGAGAAUGCAAAACUGAUAAAUAUCUUGAACAAAGCGGUUUACACAGAAAUCCAUCUGCUGGAUAAGGAUGCAGCCAAGCUUCUGCGCUUUUUCCUUGACACCAAAGAGGCGUCAUAUAUUUGGCUAGAUGGUCUACAACUCAUAGUUGCUUCAGCGCUGGGGAAAAAACCUGCACUCUCUGAUGAUAUAAAGUCUCAAAUAUCCACCCUUGUGGAUUUGAGGAAGAAUGUGCAGAUUAUCGGACUCGAUGAUCAAACAAAACUUGAGCACAGUGACCAAGAUUCGGAAGCCGAGGAGAUGUAUUACGAUCUCGAAACGCUGCAGUCAGUUGCCACAGAUUUUCAUUACGAUUAG